AUGUACGGUGUCGCGGCCACCACGAGGAUUAAGGCUAAUUCAACACGAGCACAGUCAACCACUACCACGGCCAUGAUUGAAUCGGAUUCCCUUACGACAGCGACUGCAGCGGUGGAUAUCGCUAAGAUCGCCAACCUCCUCAAGCGCGAGCGCUUCCAUCGUGACACCGCCCAAUGGGACCUGUGCCGUGCCGCCUACCACCCCAAUGCGUCUAAGACGUACAUUAAUGUUGCCUGGUACGAGGGCGAUAUAGAUGGAUUCCUAAGCCGAUCGGCGAAAGUGCAUCAGGGCAAAGUCAACAUUAUCCACACCUCCUUCGACCCCGUCUCCAUCCACGUCAACGGCCACCGCGCCAUCAGCGAGGCCUUCUGCCUCGUCACCAGCUCGCUGACGCUCGGCGGCGUCGACUACGAAUUAGCUUCGCACAUGCGUCUCGCGACUCGGCUCGAGAAGAGCUCCGAUGCCGCCGGGCAAUGGCACAUGCUCAGCCUGGAAUCCACCUAUGUGCGCGACCGCCUUGUCAGCUGCUUCCCAGGAGUCAAUGUGGGGGACUCACCGCUCACCAUGACCGAGGAGGUGCUUGCGUAUCCUAAGAGCUACCGCCAUCUGGCCUUUGUCAUGCUGAAUCGGGGCUUGGCGCCUCGACUAGACCUGCCCCAUGAGGAUGACCAGGAAAGCGUCCGAGCGGUGCUGGAUAGAAACCGUGUGUUUCUCGCUGGAGCUGAGGAAAUUCAUAAGAACUGA